GUGGGGCAGAAAGUUGCUGAAGUUUCGGGGUGAAGCUGCCUGAGAAGAAGAAGGAGGCGGCGGCCAGGGGUGUCAGGGACAUGGGGAACUCAUCGAGCCAGAUCUCCAAACAGCUUAUUAAUGAAUAUCAGGAGCUGACAUUCCUGACAAAACAAGAGAUUAUCUUAGCUUAUAAAAGAUUCGGUGAACUUGCCCAAAAAGAACACAGAAGUAACAUUGAAUCCUUGCGAAUCCCUAAAGAAAGAUUUCUCUCUUUGCCUGAACUAAAGGCAAACCCAUUCAACGACCGAAUAUGCAGAGUUUUCUCCACAUCUGAGCAAGAAGAUGGGAGCAUGUCCUUUGAAGACUUCUUGGAUAUGCUCAGUGCCUUCAGUGAAUCUGCAACACUUGAAGUUAAAUCCCAUUAUGCCUUUAGGAUAUUUGAUUUUGAUGGUGAUGGUGCCUUGAAUGAAGCUGACUUGGAGCAUCUGGUAAACAAGCUGACUGGAGACAAAGAAGAUACUAAACUAAGCAACAGUGAAAUGAGACAGCUUAUUGCAAAUAUAUUAGAAGAAUCAGACAUUGAUAAAGAUGGCACCAUCAACCACUCAGAAUUUCAGCACGUCAUCUCCAGAUCUCCUGAUUUCAUCAGCUCCUUCAAGAUUAUGCUGUGAGAGAUCCAUUGCCAACAUACUGUCAACCACAUAUACCUCUUGGCUAAUCUAAACCAGCAACAAACUGAGUGCAACUACACAAACGCUGCAAAGUAUUUCUGUCUGUUCCAUUUCCAUUUGUGAUUUUAACUAUUUUAUUCACUGUAAAGCCGUUUAUGAUUGGCGCUUCCACUGUAGCUGAUUAGAUUGUCUGAAAUUUGAGACCGAAUGUGAUGGAAUUGAAAUGAAACUUUUUAAUUUUAAUUUUUCAUGUUUUUCUUUUUUUCAAUGUGUAAAAAUCUGCAUGCACUUCAUGUUCCUCCUACAUAACAGGAUAUUUAAUAUGGAAUGUUUUGAACUGAUUCAAUACUUUGUUCUAAUAAAUAUUGUAACUGUAUUGUCAUGCCAUAUGUUGUCAUUGAAAGGCAUUACUAGCUGAACCUGCACAGGGAGUCAAAGCCCAUCAAGAGCUGAAGAAUUUCUGGAGUGUUCACUAUAAUUAUUACCUGUUUUACUCUGGUGAUUUCUGAAUUAUUUUUUUUAACUUUGUUCUGAAUGUCUCCAGUUUGAUAUGGAACCGUUAUUUUCCAGCUAUUGAGUUUGCAAUUUAUGUACUCUUGAGCAACACAUUUCUCUUGUAAACUGGCCCUGUAAUAUAGAAACCUAUUAAAGUUUCCUUUACAUUUCA